AUGGCGCACCUGUUCUUGGCAAGUAAGCUUUCUCUUCCGGACAACGGAAAAGCCCGGAUGCCCCGCAGCGCGUCGGCCCGUUUCCCGAACGACUGGCCGACCAAUCACAGCAAGCAACGCCCCGUUGCCAUGAUGACACGCUCCAGCUCACGCUCCGCAGAUAUAAGGCUCUCAGCGGCCACCGGGGGCAGCGAGGCGUCCUGCUGGAGGUGCCUCUUGCCGUUCGGAUCUGUGAUGUUUGUGGGCGGGACCAUGCUGACUGCUCUGGGCUUCUGGGCAAUGGAUCCCGGGGCACUAGGACCGCCUCGGAUGGGUCUCCUGGGGCUGACUAUACUAGUUAUCGCCACACUUCUGUUAGCCACCAGCGCCACCUGCUGGAGACUGUCGCUGCGCAAGAGCAAGAGAGACAAGAGGAGAGAGAGCCAGGCUGUCCUGGUGCAGUCUGUGUCAUAA